ACGUUAUGGUUCUAUUUAAUAGAGUUUCCUCAAUGUGCUUGGCGUAUUUAGUGUUUAGUUUCCUAGUGUCUACCAAAGCGGAGCGACGAUGCUCCGUUAUCUCCAUCCUCCUCUCGCUUGCUGCGACUGUCCCUUUAAGAAAAUGCACUUGCAGCCAUUUUCUGUUCUUUGUGUGGGGUGGAUUAGCACUGGGCAGAUACACGGCGAAAUCGGAGCAUCCAUCGGCGGAGAAGCCCGGAACGGAACACGCAAACCUCGGAACACCGUCGCAAGUGGCGACCGUGUCCACUCGCUGUCGUGUAUCGCCGGACGGACAUGCAAUUGGCAGACUUGGGUGCAGUGUGAGUGAGGCUUCAUCAUGACGACCCACGUGACCCUGGAGGAUGCCUUGUCCAAUGUGGACCUGCUGGAGGAGCUGCCCCUCCCCGACCAGCAGCCAUGCAUCGAGCCACCUCCCUCUUCGAUCAUGUACCAGGCGAACUUUGACACCAACUUUGAAGACAGAAAUGCAUUUGUGACUGGAAUUGCUCGGUACAUAGAGCAGGCUACGGUCCACUCCAGCAUGAAUGAAAUGCUGGAGGAGGGACAUGAAUAUGCCGUGAUGCUUUACACGUGGAGAAGCUGCUCCAGGGCCAUUCCCCAGGUGAAAUGCAACGAGCAGCCCAACAGAGUGGAGAUCUAUGAGAAAACAGUGGAGGUGUUGGAACCUGAAGUGACCAAGCUCAUGAAGUUCAUGUACUUCCAGCGGAAAGCAAUCGAGCGCUUCUGCAGCGAGGUGAAGCGUCUCUGCCACGCCGAGCGGAGGAAAGACUUUGUGUCUGAGGCCUACCUCCUGACUCUGGGCAAAUUCAUCAACAUGUUUGCCGUGCUGGACGAGCUUAAAAACAUGAAGUGUAGCGUCAAGAACGACCACUCUGCCUAUAAGAGAGCUGCGCAGUUCUUGAGGAAAAUGGCCGACCCCCAGUCCAUCCAAGAAUCCCAGAAUCUUUCCAUGUUUUUAGCCAACCACAACAGGAUCACUCAGUGCCUGCAUCAACAGCUGGAGGUGAUUCCAGGCUACGAGGAGCUUUUGGCAGACAUUGUCAACAUCUGUGUGGACUACUAUGAGAAUAAAAUGUAUUUGACUCCCAGUGAAAAACACAUGCUGCUGAAGGUGAUGGGAUUUGGUUUGUACCUGAUGGAUGGGAACGUGAGCAACAUCUAUAAACUAGAUGCAAAGAAGAGGAUCAACCUGAGCAAGAUUGACAAGUUCUUCAAACUCCAAGUUGUGCCUCUUUUUGGAGACAUGCAGAUCGAGUUGUCGCGCUACAUCGAGACCAGCGCUCACUACGAAGAGAACAAGUCGAAGUGGACGUGCACCCAGAGCAGCAUCUCCCCACAGUACAACCUGUGUGAGCAAAUGGUUCAGAUCCGGGAGGACCACAUCCGGUUCAUCUCUGAGCUGGCGCGUUACAGCAACAGCGAGGUGGUGACCGGCUCCGGUCUCGACAGCCAGAAGUCCGACGAGGAGUACCGGGAGCUGUUCGACCUGGCCCUCAGGGGCCUCCAGCUGCUGUCCAAGUGGAGUACACACGUCAUGGAAGUGUAUUCGUGGAAGCUGGUCCAUCCUACAGAUAAGUUCUGUAACAAGGACUGUCCUGGGACUGCGGAGGAGUACGAGCGAGCCACUCGGUACAACUACACCAGCGAGGAGAAGUUUGCCCUGGUGGAGGUCAUCGCUAUGAUUAAAGGGCUGCAGGUUCUAAUGGGCAGAAUGGAGUCUGUAUUUAAUCAGGCCAUAAGGAACACGAUCUAUGCAGCCCUGCAAGACUUCGCCCAGAUGACCCUCAGGGAGCCGCUUCGCCAGGCUGUACGCAAGAAGAAGAAUGUCCUCAUCAGUGUUCUCCAGGCCAUUCGGAAGACAGUUUGCGACUGGGAGGGUGCCAGAGAACCUCCGAACGACCCCUGCUUAAGGGGUGAGAAGGACCCCAAAGGUGGUUUUGAUAUCAAGGUCCCACGGAGAGCCGUCGGACCCUCCAGCACUCAGCUGUACAUGGUGCGCACCAUGCUGGAGUCUCUCAUCGCAGACAAGAGUGGGUCGAAGAAGACGCUUCGCAGCAGCCUGGAUGGACCAAUCGUCGUGGCCAUCGAAGACUUCCACAAGCAGUCCUUUUUCUUCACACACCUGCUCAACUUCAGCGAGGCUCUUCAGCAGUGCUGUGAUCUCUCCCAGCUGUGGUUCAGAGAGUUCUUCCUCGAGUUGACCAUGGGUCGCCGAAUCCAGUUCCCCAUCGAGAUGUCCAUGCCGUGGAUCCUGACCGACCACAUCCUGGAGACCAAGGAGCCGUCGAUGAUGGAGUAUGUGUUGUACCCUCUGGACCUGUACAACGACAGCGGCUACUACGCUCUCACCAAGUUUAAAAAACAGUUCCUCUACGAUGAAAUUGAGGCGGAGGUCAACCUCUGCUUCGAUCAGUUUGUCUACAAACUGGCUGAUCAGAUCUUCGCCUAUUACAAAGCAAUGGCUGGAAGUGUCCUGCUGGACAAACGCUUCAGGGCGGAGUGUAAAAACUAUGGAGUCAUUAUUCCAUAUCCACCGUCAAACCGCUACGAAACGCUGCUCAAACAACGACACGUGCAGCUUCUGGGUCGAUCUAUCGACCUGAACCGUCUGAUAACCCAGAGGAUCUCAGCAGCUAUGUACAAGUCCUUGGACCACGCCAUUAGCCGCUUCGAGAGCGAGGACCUGACCUCCAUCGUGGAGUUGGAGUGGCUCCUGGAGAUCAACAGACUGACCCACCGGCUUCUGUCCAAGCACAUGACCCUGGACAGCUUUGACGCCAUGUUCCGCGAGGCCAACCACAACGUUUCGGCGCCUUACGGCCGGAUCACGCUCCACGUCUUUUGGGAGCUCAACUUCGAUUUCCUUCCCAACUACUGCUACAAUGGAUCCACUAACCGGUUUGUACGCACUGCCAUCCCCUUCACCCAGGAGCCUCAGAGAGACAAGCCAGCCAACGUGCAGCCUUACUACCUGUAUGGCUCCAAGCCUCUGAACAUCGCCUACUCGCACAUUUAUAGCUCCUACCGAAACUUCGUGGGGCCUCCUCACUUUAAAACAAUCUGCCGCCUCCUGGGCUACCAAGGAAUAGCGGUGGUGAUGGAAGAGCUGCUCAAGAUUGUCAAGAGUCUGCUACAAGGCACCAUCUUGCAGUACGUCAAAACACUGAUAGAAGUCAUGCCCAAAAUCUGCCGCCUGCCGCGUCACGAGUACGGCUCUCCAGGAAUCUUGGAGUUCUUCCACCAUCAGCUCAAGGAUAUUAUUGAGUAUGCCGAGCUUAAGACAGAUGUCUUUCAGAGCUUAAGGGAGGUGGGGAACGCCAUCCUGUUCUGCCUGCUUAUCGAGCAAGCUCUGUCCCAGGAGGAGGUGUGUGACCUGCUUCACGCUGCCCCAUUUCAAAACAUCCUGCCUCGGGUCUACAUCAAAGAGGGCGAGCGCCUGGAAGUCAGGAUGAAACGGCUGGAGGCAAAGUACGCUCCUCUUCACCUUGUGCCUCUAAUCGAGAGGCUGGGAACCCCACAGCAAAUCGCCAUUGCUCGUGAGGGCGACCUGCUGACCAAAGAGCGCCUCUGCUGUGGCCUUUCCAUGUUCGAGGUCAUCCUGACACGCAUCCGCAGCUUCCUGCAGGACGGCGUGUGGCGCGGGCCUCCGCCCACCAACGGCGUCAUGCACGUGGACGAGUGCAUGGAGUUCCACCGCCUCUGGAGUGCCAUGCAGUUUGUCUACUGCAUCCCAGUGGGCACCCACGAGUUUACAGCUGAGCAGUGCUUCGGCGACGGGCUGAACUGGGCCGGCUGCGCCAUCAUCGUGCUCUUGGGUCAGCAGCGGCGCUUCGACCUGUUCGACUUCUGCUAUCACCUGCUCAAAGUCCAAAGACAGGAUGGCAAAGACGAGAUCAUCAAAAAUGUGCCCUUGAAGAAGAUGGCCGACCGCAUACGGAAGUACCAGAUCCUCAACAAUGAGAUCUUCGCCAUCCUCAACAAGUACAUGAAGGCGGUGGAGACAGACAGUUCCACUGUGGAGCACGUUCGCUGUUUUCAACCUCCGAUACACCAAUCGCUCGCCACCACCUGUUGAAAAAAGGCACCCAGUCCUCAUCGUGUUCUUCUCAGUGGUGUGCCGACCAAGGUAUGAGUCAUGUGACGGGACACGCUCCCUGCGGCGAGGCUACAUCCACACUACCGUGACAGUGUUUCCACGUGGCAUGUGGAAACCAAUCCAGACGUGACACGGGAAUCCUAUUCACCUCACGCUGUCAUUGUCAAGCUUUUCAUUUGAAAGCAAAGUUGGGAUCUGGAUGAUCUGCUGACGCUAGCACCAGAGGUCACAUGAUCUGUGACAUCAGGAAUGCUUCUCUGAUGAGAGCAAAGUAGUGUGGAUGUAGCUGUCACAUUGUAACUAGACGUGAGGAACCGUGUUCAUUCAGAAGCAUGCUUAAUCAUGUUUUCCACAUCACCUGUGAAUUGGACAAAAAUAUAUAAAAAAAAAAAUAUUCUCCAAUUUUGAGCCAGAUAAAGUCAGUCAGAAAUCAGUGAAGUACGCAACACAAUGUUGAUGCGACUGCUGAAAGAUAGGCGAAUUGAUGCUCCAAAGAAAGAUAGUAAGUUCUAAAACGGUUAUUUUAGUACCUCCAUCGUGCAAUAAUCUGUUUUCCUCAUUGGAUAAACUAUUUUCAUUUCUUCACGAUUUGCUUGUUUUCAUGAGCCACGCUGCUCCUUGCCCCAACUCUUUUUUUUAACCACACAUUUCUACUCCAUUACCAAUGUAAAUUUCACUGUUGAACUAAGUGAAGUGUUGAGUGUUGUAAUUGUUCUUGUUUUUAUAUUAUUCAUAUUUUAUUAUUUACUCAUCACAUGGUACAUUUGCCUCUACUGCUGACUGGAAAACUCACUUUUUAUUUUUUUUUAUUUUCUUUGUGAGUUUGCUUUUUAUUGCACUGCCUGUGAACACUUUCUUUUGGCGUUUUGAAACGCGUUUGUUGCUGUAACGUAAUAACAGCAAUGGCAUAAAAGUAUUGUUAGAAAUACCUCUUGGUUGUAUACAGACAGUGCUGUGUUACUUUGGCUAAUUCCGUGUGAAUGGGUGAUGCUGUGGUGAAAUACUGACACACAAAGAGAAGAAAAUUGUGACUUAAAAAGUCACUUAUAAUGAAGAGUUUCCAGAAUAUAAUCAGUAUUUACAAUUAACUCUUGCUUUAUUUUAGAUUUAGCUGUCAUCAAAUAUGCAAAAGACCUCCCUAUUUUCUUUACACAGAUUUAAAUAUUAGGUGAUUACCACCCCCUAACUUACCCUUACUGAAAGACCUUUUCUGCUUUUUGACUGAACAAAACUCUUUGCCUUUGUUAUUCCAGUGUCUUUUUUUUUCUUAAACAUAUUUAUGAUUCAACUUUGUUCCUUUGACGGUUUAUCUUGUUCAAAUGAAGGUACCAGUGUAUCAUCUCAGACCUUAAGCAUGAAAAAGUGUAAUUUAUUGUCAUCUACGACUCCAUUUUGUGACCUGAGGCUUUGUUUAUGAUAUUGCUGUACAAGUGGCCAUGUUUUGAAGUACAAGAAGCAACUGAGAAAAGCUUAUAAAGUGUACAACAAAAUUCCCGGAAAGGAUUUGAAAUAUGUUGUAUUUCCAUGAAAUAAAAAUGUUUAACUGA